UAGAGACAGUGAGGGAAAGGCAGUGGUUCUGCCAAUUCUCCUGCGCUUCAGGGUAACCACGUGGCUUCCGCAGAAGGAACUUCUUCCGACAGUAACAGGACCAUAGCAGGACGGAAGAUGUCUGAUCAGGAGAAGGAAGAGAUUAUUCGCACAGCGAUUCGAGCCUUUCCCGAUUUCCCUUCCCCUGGGAUCUGCUUUAGAGACAUUACUCCUGUUCUUAAAGACCCUUUGGCUUUCUGCUCUGUCAUCGAUCUUUUUGAGAAACAUCUGAGGGCCAAUUUUCCAAAGAUUGAUGUAAUUGCUGGGCUUGAUUCCCGAGGAUUUUUGUUUGGUCCGUCGCUGGCUCAGAGAUUCAAUAUUGGGUUUUUGUUGAUAAGGAAAAAGGGAAAGUUGCCUGGUCCCACAGAGUCCGUUUCCUACAGUCUGGAAUAUGGAAAGGCUGAACUGGAAAUGCAAUAUGAUGCAGUAGAGCCUGGACAGAAGGUGGUGCUUAUUGAUGAUCUUCUUGCUACUGGAGGUACCAUGAAUGCUGCAUGUGAGCUGGUUAAAAGAAGAAAUGCAGAGAUACUGGAUUGUUUAGUUGUAAUAGAACUGAAAUCUCUGAAAGGCGCACAGAAAAUAAAGCCUUACACUGUCCACUCGCUGCUACAGUAUGACUAGGGAACAGUACACUGUGGAAUUAUAGGAAUCUUUCCUUGCUAUUGACCAAGAAGCUUUCCAGGGAUCAAGUGUGAAAAUGAAAAUAAAUGUGACUAGUGGUUUUUUUUUUUUUUUUUUUGAAUCCACUAUAGAAGCAGAGAAAUUGCCUGUUGCUGCUUCAGAUUUAAGUUGCCCUGAAAAUAAGGCAGUUAGAGAUGUGCGAACUUCUGCAUGGGCCCUUGCACCAGUCUAAGGAGUGCCUUUUGAAUUUUUUUUUUUUUUUUCUCCCCAUUGUACACUGUAACCAUCUCCUGCACAAAAAGCCAUUAUCUGCAUUGGCAGUUGACCAAGGAAAAGGAUAUAUUAUUUUCAGGACAACCUAAGCUUUCAAUAUGCUGAAACUGUUCUAUAAUUCCACUUCUGUAACAAGAUAUAGGAUUUUACAUUUAUAUAUAUUUUUUUUAACUAUACUCUAUACACAUAACAGAAAGCUCUGUGUCUCCUGAAUGUACCAGUACCAAAUAAAACAUCCUCAGUGAAUACAAGGAGUCCA